CCGUACGCCGAAUCUUGCUGCUCGCUACCGGAAUUCUCGAGGUUAAACCCCAUCUUGUGCUCAGAAACGGUAACCCGAGAAGCUCUUCUUUCCCCAGUUCCGCCCUACUCCUUCUCGCACGAUCCCUAGUAGAGAAAAUCUGCUGUUCAAAUUCCUCGCCGGAGAGAGAGCGCGCCAUCCCGUCCGCUCAGUUCUACGACCAAUCACCAACACUAAUUUUACGAGGGUUUAUAUAAGAUUGGUUAACCCUGGCAGAUUCGAGGGCCUUCUGAUGGCGGAUCCGCCGCGCCUCCGCCGGUUAUUGACUUACAGCAACAUCGUACGUGUAAAAGCGUCGCUAGGGUUAGUUAUAAGUUUUGAAAGAGGGUUUUGUGCUGGAGUUGUGGGACAGGAAACAUGUUGAGCGUGCUGCAUGUUCAUUUGUCGUCCUCGAUUCCCGUGGUUGAUUUCGAGAUUAUGCCUUACGUUCUUCUCAAGCUUCCGGAUAACUCCAUUUGUAAUGACGUUGCUGCCGAGACCGCCUCCGUUGGGGGUUGCUACAUCAGAUAUAAAUGGUAUCGCAUUCAAAGUGGCAGAAAAGUCAACGUCUGCAGUAUUCAUCCAUCAGAAGAAGCAACCCUGCAGUGCAUAGGUUGUCUAAAGGCAAAAGUACCCCCUGCAAAGAGUUUCCAUUGUACGCCCAAAUGUUUCUCAGAUGCUUGGCAACACCACCUCGUUUUGCAUGAACGAGCUGGCAGUGUUGUGAAUGAAAAUGGAAACAAGGAGAAAGAAUUACUUGGACGAUUUAGUCGUGCUGUCAAUAUCAGUUCAACAUCCAACUUGGAUAAUGCUUCCGCACCUAUAUAUACUGCAAAUAUUUCAGAAAAGAGUGGAGAAAUCUGGUUUGAAGUGGGGCGUUCUAGAACCUAUACUCCCACUGUUGACGAUAUUGGUCAUGUACUUAAGUUUGAAUGUCUUCUGGUAGAUUCCACAACUAGAUUACCUGUUGGAAGUCCAAGCACAGUUACAACAUCAUGUGUAAUUCCGGCUCCUUCAUCAUGCCCUCGUCUCAUGAUUAAAGUUGGUGGUGCUGAUUUUCUUGGGAAUUUGCUUUAUGAUGGUCAUAGUUCAUCCUCUGGUACCUUCAAGGUACUCUCAUAUAACAUUCUCGCUGAUCAGAAAGCAACAAGUGACCUAUAUGGCUACUGCCCUUCUUGGGCUCUUGCAUGGCCUUAUAGGAGGCAAAAUUUAUUGAAAGAGAUCAUUGGCUACCGUGCUGACAUUGUUUGUCUUCAAGAGGUUCAAAGUGACCAUUUUGAGGAAUUUUUUUCUCCAGAUCUUGAUAAGCACGGUUACCAGGCGCUUUACAAGAGGAAGACAACAGAGGCUUAUAAUGGAAAUUCAGAUAUAAUUGACGGCUGCGCUACUUUUUUUCGAAGAGAUCGGUUCUCACUUGUUAAAAAAUAUGAGUUUGAAUUCAAAAGGGCUGCACAAUCUUUGAUUGAUGCAGUGAUCCAGCCCGGUCAGAAACAACUUGCUUUGAACCGUCUAAUUAGGGACAAUAUUGCUUUAAUUUUAGUUUUGGAGGAAAAGCUUAGCAACCAUGGUAUUGAUAGUCGUAGCCAAAGGCAACUUCUUUGUGUGACAAAUACUCAUUUGGAUGUCCAUCCUGAUCACAAAGAUGUAAAACUUUGGCAGAUGAACACUCUUUUAAAAGGAUUAGAGAAAAUUGCUUUGAGUGCUGACAUUCCUAUGUUGGUUUGUGGGGAUUUUAAUUCACUUCCAGGAAGUGCAUCUCAUGCGCUUCUCGCAACGGGCAAGGUUGACCAAUUGCAUCCUGAUUUGGGGGUAGAUCCCCUUGGGAUACUCCGUCCUUCAAACAAACUAAAUCACCAGCUCGCUCUGGUUAGUGCAUAUUCAACAUUUGCGAGGAUGGUCGGGGUUGAUCGUAAUUUAGAGUGGCUACGAAGAGUGAUGGACCCCACAACAAAUGAACCUCUAUAUACGAAUUAUACUAGGGAUUUUAUUGGUACUGUUGACUACAUAUUUUACACAGCGGGCUCUUUAACUGUGGAAUCAUUAUUAGAAUUAUUGGAUGAGGAUAGGUUACGCAAAGAAAUUGCACUUCCUUCAACGGUGUGGUCAUCUGAUCACAUAGCGCUUUUAGCAGAAUUUCGAUGGAAAUCCAGGAUGAGAAGUUGACACUAACGUCCUUCAUCCAGUGUCGCUGAUCUUUCGUACAAAAACAGCGCUUUGCAAAGAAUUUGGGUCCAUCGGGUAAUUAUAGGAUUUAUGCUGUUUGGUGUUCCGCGGUGAUUCUAUUAACCUCCGCUUGCAUCAUCUCACAGCCUCCUCGUAGAACUCGUUUUCCAAAAUGUGAUUUUUUUUUAUUUUUUUAUUUUUUCUUCCAUGGCAUGGUUUUAUUGAAAGGGCCGUGCUUAUUAUUAGUUUGAAUUUUAGAAUAUUAGUCGUUUUAGUCUUGAGCAGUUCUGCUGAUAUUGCCCAGCUGCAAAAUAAAAGCUAUUGAGCUUUUUUUUUUUAGUUAUAUAAAUGCAAUAAAAGUCUCUCUUUUUUUUUCUACAUG